UUAGAGAAAACUUUCUCUUCAAACAAGCACAAAAAAGACUCCAUAAUAAGUAGCUAUGGCACACAGAUUUUGAAAUGGUUAUAUGUGAUGUGUUGAAGUUUCCAAUUAUGGUUUCAUAUUUCUCUUCUCAUCAAAUCAUGGCUAUGAUCAUCACCAUAGUCACCAUCUUGAUCCUAUCUUCUCCAAUCUCUAAUGCCAUAACCAAAACAAACCCACUUCCCUUUAAGAAAAUCUAUGCCUUUGGUGACUCUUUUACUGACACUGGCAACACCAGGUCGGCUACUGGGCCAAGUGGCUUUGGCCAUGUCUCUAGCCUUCCGUACGGGAUGACCUUCUUUCACCACCCAACGAACCGGUACUCAGAUGGACGGUUGGUGAUUGACUUCGUGGCACAAUCACUGUCGUUGCCUUACUUGCCUCCCUAUAAAUAUAUCAAGGGAAAUUCACCAAAUGGGGUCAACUUUGCUGUGGCUGGUUCCACUGCUAUAGACCAUGAGUUCUUUGUUAAGAACAACCUUACUCUUAAUAUCACUCCUCAAUCUAUUCAGACUCAGCUUCUUUGGUUCGAUAAGUACUUGGAGGAAACUGUAGGGUGUAAGGUUCUGGAUGGGAAUUGCAGAGCUGCUCAUCUUGAUGAUGCUUUGUUUUGGGUUGGUGAGAUUGGUGUCAAUGACUAUGCUUACACUUUUGGAUCCACUGUUUCCGGUGACACUAUUCGGAAGCUGGGCAUCAGUAGCUAUACUCAGUUUUUAACGGCGUUGUUAAAGAAAGGUGCAAAGUAUGUUGUGGUUCAAGGCUUGCCAAUGUCAGGAUGCUUGCCUUUGUCCAUGGUAUUAGCUCCCCCAGAAGACAGGGACAACAUGGGCUGUGUCAAGAGUGUCAACAAUCAAAGUUACACCCACAAUAUAGCCAUCUUAAACCUGGUGAAAUCUCUCAGAAGGCAGUUUCCCCAAGCUGUCAUAACAUACGCCGAUUACUGGACUGCUUACCAAACCGUCAUGCAAAGUCCAGCCAAGUUUGGUAUCAAGGAGACAUUUAAAGCCUGUUGUGGCGCGGGUGAACCCUAUAACUUUGAUGUGUUUUCAGUUUGUGGGAUGCCUUCUAUCAGUGCCUGUCCAAACCCAUCUCAGUAUGUGAACUGGGAUGGAGUUCAUCUCACUGAAGCCAUGUAUAAGGUGGUCUCUGAUAUGUUCCUUAAAGGAUCACUUACUCACCCUCGUUUCAGUUACUUGUUAGACAGAAAACUACACCAAGGAUGAAAAUGCCGCCAUUAUAUUGUAUUAGGCUUCAAAAGAACAAAAACACAAAAGAAAAGAAUAAAGACUUUGAUUCACAUCCUAUGAACUGCUAAUUUUUUAUGUGUACUCUGCUGUAUCUCACAAUAUCAAAUGGAGCACAUGAUUUUGAAUUGA